GUAUAGGGUAGGCACACGUGGAUAGUUCCCGUCUAAGGAAGCAACAUGGGGAAGCAAAAGGUGAAGUCUUUUUCUGGGACUGGAGGUGUAGCUUCUUCCUUCGCGAGGAAUGGAAUAAUGGAUAGUAAUAGCCAAAAGAAGAAGAAAAUCAACUCAAAACCCAAAUGUCUGAAUGAGCAAGAAAUUCCCUAUCGUCUGCGGGAGAUCAUGAAGAGCCGUGAGGAAAUGAAGAACCCCAAGAAAAGGAAGAAAAAGAAAGCAGGAACCAAACAGAAGCCUAGCUCAGAGGGUGACAUACCUGUGCCAAGAUUCAGGAGGUGCAAGGGGGAAUCAGAAUCUUCCUACAUGAGGCGUAUGAACCAAGAAACUGAACGUGUGCUGUUCCUUACUCAAAAUCAGCUGCAACGCGAGCCUGAGAAAGAAGAGCCAAUCCAAGAAAAGUCCCAAAAGAAAAAAGAAUUUCAGCAAAAGAAACGGGAUAAAAUCCAAAAACAAAAGGAAGAGAGGAAAAUAGCAGUGCUGGAGAAGGACUUACUCAGUGACUCAAUAGAGUUUGGAGAAGUUGCUCUGCAGCCCCCGACACUUACAGCAAAGCCCAGAAAGGCUGUCGCCAAAGAGAAGCUUGGCCAGAAGCAGCUUCUGUUAAUGCCUCUCUUGGGCUCUGGUACAUCAACAUCUGCUCAUAAAGUCGUCCAUGCAUCUCUCGCUCGCCAGAGAAUUGUGCAGGAGGAGAGAGACAGGGUUGUCCAAGCCUACCGGGACCUAAAGAAACGUAAGCAGUCAGCCCAGAGCCAUCUUGCUUUCAAGAAACUAAGGAAGCCAGUCUGAGGUAACGGUUCCAGCAUCACAGAAAACACAGAACUUUUUGUGUGCACGAAUAUCUACUGGCAACCACUGUAGCUAUCUGCUUGAAAUGGUUCCUUUUCGAAUGAGUGUCAGCCCAGUUUCUGGCCAAUUUGACCUGUUGUGGACAAAUGGGUAGUACGGGUUUUUUUUCUCCCAGCCUGCCUUUAGUAGCUGUCAUUUUGGGAAGAAUAAAUUGCAUUCUGAAGAAUUAUUUCCAGAGAACGAACUGUGCAGAAAGCAGCUUUUUGUGUGUUCCGCAUUGAAACAGCAAGCCCACCCUGAGGAUUGCACUAUAAUUGUUUUCUGUAGAGAAGGUCUGAGGCACAAGAACGAGCACGAUUUCUUACACUGCCUUUAUUUCGCUUCAGUGUUCUAUGAGGCGUUUUGCAGUCAUUGCAAGAUUAUUAGGAAAUUCUUCUUUUGUUAAACGUGAAAUUGUUUUAUCCGGUUAUAGGUGAGAAACACUGGUUUAGUUUAUCCUAAAAAAAAAGGGUAAAGGGUGAGAAAAGAGUUAACUUAGUUUGAAAGGAAUUGAUUCCUACUACAUAGAACUCUGGACCAGAUUCAAGAGAAAAAAAAUGGAUGAAUGACCUGGCUGCUCUUGUCUUCUACAAGCUUGAUCCAGUUUUAUCAGGUUUGUUCCUGGUCCCUUUAAAGACACUCUUGAGUCUCACUCAGCCUGCUACAUGGGUUGGGGGCAGAAAGUGUGUGUCUUCAAGAAUAAAUAUUUUCCUUUCA